AUGAAUAUUUCAUCUUUACAAAAUUUCCUAACUGGAUCAACACGUAAACGACCCGCGUUUAUUAAUACAGAUAAAGAAAAUUUACCAUUGACUGUUGAUUCGGAAAUUCCAACUAAACAAUCGCGUGUUGCACUUGGAUCGGCAUUAAUUGAUAAUAAUUUGUUUAAUUCAAUACCCUAUUCACCACCUGAAGAUUUCAUCAUCAAAGCAGUAGAUCCUUGGUCACCGAUUGAACCCGAUCAAAUUCAUCUGACACCGGCUCAUGAUCGUCGAGCUAGUAAUCGUUCAGAAACACGUUAUAAAAAUGGUUCAUUUCGUCAAGUAUUGAAAUGGGUUCGUUCAUUAGGUCAAUAUGGUGAUGGAAACAAUGCAUUUCGCGAACCAAAUAGCGUUGCAUGGCUUGAAUGUGGAAAACUUGCUGUUGUCGAUACCAAUGCUCAUUGUAUUAAAGUAUUUGAUAGUGAAACGGGCCAUUUUGAAUAUUCAUUUGGUCGUGGUAGAACAAUCGGUUGUCAAAAUUUACUUUAUCCCUACCGUAUAGCCGUUGUACCUGGUGGUGAUGAUCAAUUAGUUGUUAUUCAACGUCAUCCUCGACCACAAAUUCAUGUGUUUAGUGCAAAAGGCGAAUUCAUUCGUCGAUUCGGCCAACAUUUAGAAAAACCACGAGCACUUACUGUUGAUCAAUCACGUCGUAUUAUUGUUAUUGAAUCACAAUUACAAAAACUACAUAUAUUUUCAUUGGAAGGAAAAAUUCUUUCGUUAUUUAAUUUAAGUGAACAAUUACAAUUUCCAACAUCGAUCUGUUCAAAUAAUCAUGAAAUCUUCAUAUCAGAUAAUCAUCUUCAUUCAAUUAAAGUAUUUUCAUACAAUGGACAACUGUUACGUGAAAUAAAAGAGGCAAAUUAUAUAACAUAUCCAACAAAUAUUAAAUUAAAUUCCUUAGGACAAUUAAUUACCAUUGAUAAUCAUCAAGGUUUAAACAUCACUGUCUAUGAUGACUAUCAACAAAAGAAACGUUUAGGUGCUUAUACAGCUCGAAUUUGUCAUUCACAAAUUCUUGAUGUUGCCAUUCAACCAAAACAAAAUAUUCUUCAUUUAGCUUCGAAAGAUUAUCGUGUCUAUACUUAUCAAUUGCCAUUAUAA